AUGGACUGCGAAACAUUUGGUUACAUCUUUCAUCAUGUCAUAUUCCCGCCGAAAUUACCCGACAGCCCAGAGCAUAAACAGAAAUCCCUUGAAAGAAAUUUGAUGCUCAUUGUCAGAGAUGUCCUUGAUUCUUUCCUAGCAAAGAGAGAGCAGGAAAUCAAGGCCAGAUGGGAACCUGUGACCCAUAUGAUUGAAAUGUGGUUAUCCAUCGAUGGUGCAGCAGGGUUCGACCUCAAUCGGUAUGAGGAGGCACUUAUUAACACCCUAAAAAGACUGAGAGAUCAUGGGGCUCUUGCACUUUACGUCGCCGAGCAGAACUGCGGAUGGCUGGCACACUACGAUAUUGAAAUGAAUAAGAUCAUAAUCGACGCCUUCGAGACUUCAGCCUUAUCUACUGCUGUUUUGAAAGCACGGGGUCCACUUAUCCGGUGUUUCCCCGGUCAGAGCGUUGCGAUCCCGGCUACUAUGGUUGACGACCUUAGUUUUUGCAAGUACUUGGCGCAUAAUCUAUGCCGGCUCAACAUCGAGUAUGUUCGCGAGAUGCGUCCUAAGGCAUGUGAUCUUCGAGAAAACAUUGAGGAAACCCGUGAUACUGCGCAUCCAGGUUUGAUUACGGAGGGCCUGAUGGCGCAGCUUCUGGCAUUUGGGGAACACAGCGCGUACAAGUCGUUCGAAAAGCAUGUGUCGGAUGAAGUCAACCUCAAUGACGGCAAAAAGGCAUGGCGACGCUCGCCACUUUGGUUCGUGAUAAAAGUCGCAAUACAGACGAUCCUCUAUCGCAUAUUUCCGGAUUGCGAGGGCCGCACGGAGUACAAAAACUUUAUGGCUUUUUUGGUCGUUGAACUUGGCUCCCGUGCCCGCAACCAAGAGAGUGUUGCCCGAACACAAAAGUUCAGUGACAUUGCGAGUGUACUGAACAUUAUGCAAGCGAAGAUAGCUCGCCGUGUUUCUAAGCUGCAAGACAAAACCCUUGAUUUUGUGCUAGAGCGAGUUGCGGAAGUAAAUGGGGCUAUCAUGGAGCGCUUACAAGAACUUCACUCACACAUUCGAACCCGAGAUCUCAAAAUUGUCCCCACGACUUUUGGUCCAGUUCGAGACAUCGAUUUGGCAACGUCGCUCAAACAUUCUCGAGACCACUUGCGCGAGGCGAUGAUGCAUUCACCCGCAGUUCGCCCAAAGUCGACCUUUAACCGGCAACACAAGACACGGAUCCAACGCCAGUCAAUCGGUCUACCUAAGCUGAGAGAUGGUGAGAUACUCACGUUACUUGAUUUCGAAGCCUGGGUAGACACUCAGCUUCAAAGUUGGCGAAGUACUACCUGCUUGACCGACAAGGUUUGCUGUGAUCUUGCGGAGCUUAUUCAUAAAUACUCGUCAUAUGCCGAUAAGAAGUAUGCGCAAAUGCCCGACCAGAUGUCCCUGAUGUUCCUAGUUAUAAUGGAGUUGUGGGUUGCUCUCGACAAGUUGUGCAUCAAGCACUGCCCUCACGGGUUGCUUGAAGAAUUCUCGCCUGAGAUUCCGAAGAAGUUCCUUCAGCCACUGCUACUCCCUCACCAACGUCAGAUGCAGCGUGCCCAGGACGUCGAAGAAUACAUCCGGACCCGGCAUCAGAAGUGCAACUCCAAAGGGCCAGGAAUCUUUGAUGAUCCAGGUCCUGACACGUUUGCUGUGCGGUAUUUUGACAAAACUCGGCACCAUAAGAACCUGCGUGAUAGUAUUAUAAGAUCAGCAACUGCUGAACGUGAGGGCCGGCGCAGAGAAUGGGAGGAGCGUUCAAAUAGAUACCAAGACCUUCUUGACGAGUCUUCGAAUCUAGCCCACGAGACAGAAUUUGACGAAUGGAACCGCGAGAUCCAUUAUUCUUCUUGCAAGAAAUGCCGUUUGGAAACAAGUGCCUCCAAUUUACACAUUGAAGUCCAUGAGUGGCCGCUUCCUGAAGACGAUGAUCUGAUCAAGAACAUUGUGUUUGAGCUUGAUUGCCCCAUAUGGUUUGCUGGGUGGCGAGACAUUACUUGGAAAAUCAUAGACGAAUAUGGCAGGCCGCAGGCAAGAGAAACCUCAACGAUGGAAAUCAAAUUGCUGGAUUACCCCGCAACCAAGAAUUUUGCCUCCAACCGGGCCCCGAGACUGACACUUGCUUCCUCCACAAAGUCCUGGGCCAACACGCAUUACAGAAUUCAAAGCUUUCCCGUCCAUUUUGAAAAAGUAGCAGUGGGGAACACGCUCAAGUUCUCGCUAUGGGAUGAUGCGAAGCAAGUAUGGGCUGCAGUUAGGUGUAGGCUCCCGAAGGCUGCAAUCAAGUACCUUUGCAUAUUCAAUGUCAGCGCUACUGCCUACGGUAGUCACCAAUAUGCUGUCGAAUCUUGCGGCCAUGGCCAGAAUAAGGUACUGGCCGACCAGCGUAUCUGCCAUUCGACUCUUAGUCUUCAUGAGAUGAAUGCUUUCGGCCAUCUGCGCUCUGGCGAGAACUUGCAGUGGUACAACAUAACCAGGGAGUUAGCCUCACCACACAUCUCAAUGAACGAAGAACCUGCGCACAAGUUAUUUUGUCAAGCAGCGUGGGAGUUCGGAUCAGUCAGUCCAGAUAGCCAACUCAGAGCCGCCCAUACAUUUUUUGAAGAGCCUGACGCCGUCAACAAGCUCUUGCAAACACUAGAAGGGAGGCUGGACAGCAUCCACAAGAACUGGAAUGAACAUUAUACGCUUCACACAAUUGUCGUUCUGGGACUCAGGGCUCUGAGCCUGUGUCCAACAUCAUUUUUCGAACGCGCUGCAUCUCUCCUGCGACAUUGCAGAAAAGUAGCAUUGGAAUGGUGCACAGGUAUUACAAAUAUGCUUGACGCACAAGUUGGCCCGGACAGUCAUGCAUGCCUGAAGUUACUUUUUAGACUCGGUGGAAUCUGCGUCUUGACUUAUGCUGUGGAAGAUGAGCAUCUCCCAGCGCUUCUUCAAAGCGGCGAAGACUUGCAGAUGCUGGCGAGAUCCUCGAUUCUGUUCUUUGAGAAUACCUCUCAGCCAAUUGCUGAACAGGCCCUGGAGACGAGAGCUAUGGUUAUUCAGACCACGAGGAUUCUGCGCCGUGCUGAGCAGCAAGUGUCCAAACUUAUUGAAGAAGACCCUACAGGUCUCAAUGACGCAGUCCAACAAACCGCGAGCCACAUAAAGAUAACAUCUGCUUGGAGUUUCGACAGCGGAGACAAUAUGAGAUGGGCAAUGAAUCGAUCAAUCCAGACCCUGCAUGAACGUCCACAGGAAGUUCGGUACAAUGUAUUGAGCGGAGAGCUACUCAUAGACAACCAGCCACCAAGUCGUCUUCCCGAAAAAUACACUAAACAUGCGAUAUUUCAGCGACUGUUUGGACAGGUGAGAAAGUCCUAUACCUGGUCUCUGGAAGGCCCUGCUAAUAUCGCAAAGCGGACACUCUCUGUAGUUCGCUCGAGCUUGCGAGGCUCAACCUCAACCUUUAUGACGACGAAGCCAGUUGGGGACUACCAAGUUCAUUUUGGACUCAACGGAGACCAGCUUGUGAUCAAAGCAAAAAAAGCAAGUCAGAUCCUGCGGCUAAUACCGCAUGAUGUCUUGGUCGAAGACUUUCCAGAGUCCCUAAUCAAGAUGCAUGCACAUUGGCUAGAUCUGGAAACCGGAGUCCUUGAGUUCCGACCGCUUGACCAGGCAUGGCAACCAAGUGGUUUGAAUUGGAGUAUGUCCUUUAAGCAGGAGACUGAAGGGUCCUCCGCCACCAAGCAAGGUCAACGGACCUUGGUUGACAUACACAACACCCUCUUCUCACAGAUUGCCGAUGUUCUGAAAGGAUUAGACGAUCCAAAACAUAUUCAAGUUACUAUAUCACCGAAUGGCACUGUCGAAGCGAAACUAGUCCGGUUGCACCUGAGCUUCUUUAUCAAUGAAGAGAAAGAACUGGAGUGCAGGGAGCACAACGCCAUUGUUGAUUUAAACCAGGAUAUAGGCUGUUUCUACGGUCUUUUAAACAAGCUUGUUCUACGGGCCAAAACGGAGCAAGGUCACCGCACCGUGCUGAUUCCUCAUGGGAAGGUGAAAUUUGGCAAAGAUACUCCAAACACUGAAGUUUCAAUAGAGCUUCCGGGCGCUCCACGCAUCAAGUACUUCCAUUACCUUCUUGACUCAAGCCUGGAGUUGCUUUCGGACUCUACAGGUAUGGUGGGUGCCCUAUACCAGGCAUACUUGCAUGCCGUUACCGCAUUUGUACUUCCUGAUCCCGCCACCAAGCGCACAGGAACUGAGGAAGCACUUCGUAUUCUGCGCCAGGCAAGGAUGAAGUCGCCUUUCCCUCUAGACAGCGAAUCUAUCCGGCUGCUGGAACUCAUCGCAGCUCUGACACCAUGGCGCCAGUACUUCCCCCCUGGGAUGGAAGUAUUGCAGAGAGUGAGUUGGAACGGGGAACUCUGUGCCCUAGCGCAGCAUGAUGAUUUUAGGCUACUUGCCCAAGAGAUCUUCGACAACACGACCAAGUUUAUCAGGUUCUGGGACUCGAAGAAAGAGCCGCCUCCUCCAGGUUUAGAUCGAGGAGAUAUGCGCCUUCUCGAUAGGGCACGCUCCCGGAAUUCUCAUUUCUAUAAAUCGGAAUAUGGAGGGACCACCAGAUGUGAAGCGGGGGCUCCGUCAGAGUAUAAGGCCAGAGACAGACCUGAGCCUGCUAGUGAUCGAAGCCAUCGUGCUUACGAGAUUGCGACGCUCAUCCGAAAUUGGCCGGCUGCCCUGCUUAAGAAAGAAGACCUUUUUGGUGCUAUUAAGGGUUGGGGUAGGAUCGAUACGCAAAUCCGGCAGCCCAAUCAGUAUACAUAUACUACGCUUAUUGAUGCUUCGAUGCAGAAGCUAUGGGCCUCUCUGUACAACCAGUGCCGCUCAAGCAGACGGGAGACCGACACAUACUCCUUGAUUUCCGUGUUUUGUAUGGUGGCCUUUGGUAAAUCGAAUGAUUCAUCCAUGUGCCAUCUCCGUUCCUUGCUGGCAGUCGCCUUCUCCGGGUCAUUUCCGGAAAUGCCCGCCCAACUCUUGCACGGAUCAGUGCAGAUAGGUCUUGCACCAGGACAGAAUAUUGACAGGGGCGAAGUCCAGUCUACCAUAUCCAACCACUACCCGUCUUUCAAAUCUGAUUUUGGCAAGAAUCCGAAGAGUGUACCUAAAGAUGAGAAGAGGAGGAUAACGAAGACACAGAAAAAGUUAUACAAUUCAACCAAGAAGCAGGCCAUUGAUGCUCUCACAAGCUCGAUUGUGGAACAAUGGCCAUGUGAGACCCUUAGACGGCCUUCAAAUAUGGAGCCUUGGCAGACAAAGAGCUUCAAUGACUGCGAGCAAUUGUUCAGGAGCUCUAGGAAAAACAUACUGUUCUCUCAGUUUGUUCGGGACGUGCAAGACAAGCUGGAUACUAUGACUGUAUCCCUCUGCCCACCAUUGCAGCUACCCCAGCCGCCCAAGCGUCUCAUGUUCCCAAUACGCUCCCUGGACAUUUGGCAUCCACCUUGCAUUUACGAUCUUCUCCGUGCGGCCAAGGCUCCGUCUCUAAUGGAUAUAGACUACACAUCUCUAAAAUUCGAGAGGGAUCAAGUGCCCGCUUGUCCUAAGAAUGAUUCAGAUGCUACACUCGGGACCCUGAUCUCAGGUCUCCCUAAGGGAUCUAAUCACUUACUUCAAGAGUAUGCGCGUGAUCUCUUGGAAAGCUGGGAAGCCCUCAAGAAGGUAUGCUUGCCUCAGGAUCCCACCGAUUUACCUGUAAACAGAGAUAUACUUGAGCGGCAUCACGAUGAUAUCUUGGAACGGCGAAAUACUCUAUGGGCUGAGAUUACCUCCACAUUAACAACAGUUAAACAUCGCUGGGAAGAUAUUGGUAUCUCUAUACUUGCGCCUUCCGUCACCGUUUCCUCAAUACUAUCAUUUCUGGCAGCCGAUAAGUGGAGUUCAGUCCCAGAGCCUUGGAAAGCGAUACUCUUGACAUUUGCCAAAACGAUUUCGUCAUUGCGUCGAUGCGAAAGGCUUCAAGAGCACUUUGAUAAUUACGACGUCAACAUGUUCUACAGGGAGGCUGAAACAGUGAGCUGUGAUGGUUGGGAACCAUCAGACAACCCCGACUGGCUACUUCUGGAGAUCGAGAGUGAUCUGACCAUCAGAAUGCGCCAGGCAGACAUCGUAGGCAAGAUGAUUACUCCUGAAACCCAAAGCAAUGCGGUUCUCCAGUUGAACAUGGGAGAGGGAAAGACCACCGUCAUUACACCGAUGAUCGCGGCCUCUCUCUCGAACGGAUCCCAACUGGCUCGGAUCAUAGUGCUGAAGCCACUUCUACGGCAAAGUGCCAACAUUUUAGCCCAGAGAUUAGGCGGACUACUGAAUCGCCCAGUUUAUUAUGUUCCAUUUUCACGGAACACAAAGCUCGAUGAAUCUUUGGUUGAAUCACUGAAUGCAAUCUACAGUGAAUGUAUAGAGAAACGAGGAGUCUUGAUAGUCCUCCCAGAACAACUCCUCUCUCUUCGACUGGUUGGUCUUGACAUGGCAACAAAUACAGCUCUCAGCCUAAUCCGAUUGCAAGAAGAGUUACAAAAUAGGUGUCGCACUAUUAUUGACGAAAGCGACGAAGUUCUGGACCCAAAAUUCCAACUCAUAUACACAAGAGGUAACCAGCAAAACGUGGACGGAGAUAGCGAUCGUUGGCAUAUUAUACAAGAUGUACUUGAAGUGGUCGAGAAAGAAGCAGUCGCUUUGCAAGCCGAGGAUCCAAACAUUCUGCAGGUCGAACAACAGGGUACUCGCUAUCCUCUUCUGCACUUCUUGAAGGCACAGGGCCCUCUUUCAUUGCUUGGGAAAGUUGCUAAAGCUAUUUUCCAUCAAGCUCUCCCAGGAUUAUCAUUCCAACAAUGGUCCGAGCAAACUCGUUUAUGCGCAUUGCAAUUCGUCUGUUCUCCGGACGUCAGCCAAGACGACCAGGAUACCGUGCGAGAAGCUUUUAAGAACAGCAUCAUGCUGAAAAGGCUUCUUGUGCUCAGGGGGCUUUUUGCGCAUCGCAUCCUACGGUUUGCAUUGGCAGGAAAACGCUGGUGGGUGGACUACGGGGUUCAUCCCUCGCGGUGCUUGAUGGCUGUUCCAUUUAGGGCCAAGGGUGUGCCUUCAGAGAAUGCCGAAUUCGGACACGCCGAUGUUGCCCUAACCCUGACAUGCCUAAGCUACUAUUAUGGCGGCCUGAGCGAGGACCAGGUACGGCAAUGCUUCCAAUUGAUCCUCAAAGACAAUGAUCCCGGAGUCGAGUACGAGCGUUGGAUUGUGAAAAUUCGAGAGGACCUCCCUGAAGGCUUACGUUCGUUCAACGGAGUGAACUUGGAAGACCGACAAACCUUUCGAGAGGAUUUAUAUCCUCGUCUUCGGUAUCAGAAAGCAAUUAUCGACUUUUUCCUCUCCAAGGUCGUGUUUCCCAAGGAAGCAAAGGAGUUUCCGUUCAAGCUCUCUACAUCGGCGUGGGAUAUCCCUUCAAAGCAGGGUCAACUGCUUACAACAGGCUUCAGCGGAACAAACGACAAUCGGUAUAUGCUCCCAAAAUCGAUGCCCCAGAAGGAUCUACCCGAUCUUCUCCACACAAAUGCGAUGGUUUUGAACCAGCUACUGAGGGAAGAAAAUAUGCGGUGUGUCCUUGCCGAGAAUCCUAACGGCGGCCAGGUGUCUGUAGAGGGGCUUUUGCGGCUUGUCAAUGACCAGGAUCAUAGAAUCAAGGUUAUCAUUGACGUUGGGGCACAGAUUUUAGAGUCAAGCAAUGAAGAAGUGGCCAAGGCCUGGCUUGCUACUACCGGAGCUCAAGCCUCUGCCGCCAUCUUCUACAACGAGGAGGAUGAAGCCGUGGUAGUAGAUCACGAUGGAUUCAUCGAGCCACUUAUUGCAUCUCCAUUUCGGGGAAGGAUGCAUCUGUGCUUGGUCUUCCUAGACCAGCAUCAUUCACGAGGAGUCGAUCUAAAACUCCCCCGAAAUUAUCGCGCAGCUGUUACGCUAGGACCGCGAUUGACCAAAGACCGACUUGUACAGGCUUGCAACAGGAUGAGAGAGCUUGGGAACGGUCAAUCGGUUGCAUUCUUUAUACCUCCCGAGGUUAGGCAUAGCUUGAAAGCGAAUGACAACGGCAAUUUCACUUCCUUUGAGGUGAUAGACUGGGUGCUGAAACAGACAUGCGCUCACUUGGAGAACCUUCGGCCGCUUUGGGCGUGGCAGGGACUACAGUAUUACCGCUGCUUGCAAAUCUGGGAAGAUUUUAAACCGGAAACGAACACUCUCCAGGACAUGGUAACCCAAAUCCAGGAGUCAGAGUCAAAGACACUCUCUCAACUUUAUGCACCCUGGGAAGACCCUCCAUACUGCCUUGACACUCUCCGGGCACUGGCACUUUACGACCAGGCAGCUGGAGAACUCUUCGACGUAUGGUAUAACUCUUCUACUGCUAUCACGAUGCUUCAUGAAGAGCAAGAGCGAGAGAUUACGCAAGAGGUACAAAGGGAGCAGCAAGUCUGCCGGCCACGAGCAGUGACCGCUCUAAAUCAUUGCGUCCACGGCGAUCUCAAACACUUCGUCAGACACGGCCGCUUCCCGGGGCACUUCCGGUCUGAGGCCGUUGGAAAACAACCGCCCUUCAUGACCCUUUUGCGAACCUCAGCCGGCAAGUUCAAGGCUCCCUUGGAACUCAUGGGCAAACUACUCUAUGCCACAGUCGAUUUCCUCAAAUCGAUAGAAGAGGGCGCAAAUUCUGUUGACGACGAGUUUCUCAAACCAGUUCACUGGGUCCUCUCUAAUGUCCACAGCUCGCAACUUAUCAUUAUAAGCCAGUACGAGGCCAACGCCCUUAUUCCCGAGAUCCGCAAGUCCGAGAAGGUUACCCUACAUAUGUACGCCCCACGGACAACCAAGGACAUGUGCUCCUUCAGCAAGCUGGACUUCCUUACAAUCGGGAAAAAGCGACCGGCGCUACAGAUACCACCGGAGCUGAUCCAAGCACUGGAGAUCUUCUCGGGUAGCCUGUAUUUCGACACCUUUGCGGAGUACGAGGCGGCAUGCCACUUUUUUGGCUUCAUGACUGACAGGACUCGCGACUUGAAUGUCCCCGAAGAGUGCGUCACGAGCGAGGGCUUUGUGAACGAGCAAGGGCGCAAUCAGGUCGGGUGGCCUGUGAAAUCGCCGUUUGAGACAAACCCGCUGCCGUUCCUAAAGGCGUGGUAUAGCACUCGAACGAAAGGCCAUGGGUUUGCACAGUCGCAUGUGGGAACGAUCGUUGAGGCGAGGAGGUUGAGCGAGGACCGGUUUUGA